AUGGAAGAAUCCAUCUACAAGCUUGUCCUCGUGUGCCUGUGCUUCAUAUGGGGCCUUACAAGGCUGGAGAACGGAGACAAGGAGCUAAACUUUCGGAUUGCCCAACGAGCCUCGUCUUUCAAGGCUCGAGUCGCUUACUUGCAACAUCAGAAGAAGCAGAGCAUGAGAAGUUGCACGAGGCGGCAUGUGAUGAACGCAAGUGAGACGAAGACGCUGCGAGAUGGGCAGGUUGAAGAGAUCGAGAGCAGGUGCUGCAAGGAUGGAAGAAGCGCCUUUCUGAUCAGUGCAGGAAGAUUUGGCAAGCUUCUGGUCCCUGUCGAGGACAGAGAGAUCGGUCUUCCCCUCAGUCUGUACGGCAAGAGUCAAAGUGCCCUUGGUGCACCGAUUGUGACGUCACAUGCAGGAGAGUGGUGUAAUGGAGAGACAGCUUUUCUCGCUGACCUCGUCGAUGCUGUUGAUCAAGUGGUUGAAGUUGGUGCCAAGUUUGGCGGUCGGACUCUUGCGCUCGCAGAGUCGAGGAGGAGGAGAAGAAGGAAGUGGGUGACAGGUACGAGGGAGUUCGUCGUGUUCGAGAGCGAUCAGUUUCUGUUCCAGCUGCUCUGCGCAAACCUUGUCAAGAACCGGCUGAUGUCUCUCGUACAUCCUUUCCUCGUUGUUCUUGGCCGCUUCGGAGGUCAGAGAGUGACGGAGAGGCAGGAGGAGGCUUGUUUCAGCUUGGAUUCCUACGAUGUGAUGGAAAACUCCUUGAUCUACUUCUCUACCCAGAUGGCAGCCAUGAAAGUGCUCAACGAAAGCGUCAGGACCCUUGAGAGGUUGUGA